CACACCACAAACAACAAAAACACACGGUCCCAACACACACGCUACUCUCUUUUUUUCUCUCUCUCUUUCUCUUUCUCUUUCUUCCUUAAUUGUAAAAACCCAUGUUAAAAGUCAUUUUCAUGUCUCUUCUUCAAAGGGUCCCUUCCUAACUCCCAAAAACUCUUAUCCCAAUCCCAAUACUCACCCAAAAUUACCUCCUUUUUUCCACCAUUUCUUUUUUGUGUUGAUAUUGUUUUUUUUUUCUUGUUCAUCUUCAUCACUCAACGAAAAAUUGAAUCUUAUUAGUCCUUCAAAAAAGGGUCCAUUAUUCUGCAAAGGAGAGAGAAGAAGGGAAGCUGAACCAUAUCUGGAGGAUAAACUCUGAGGUAAACAGAGUUGCCUUUUUUAGUCUGGAAAAUGGGAAGAAAACUAUGAAUUGAAAAAGAGGGGCUUUGUUUAUCUGUUUAUGUGUAUGCUCUUUUUUCACUAUCAAGUUGCAAUCUUUUUGUGUUAUUUUUUGUGCUGCUUUGAUGUCAGUUGUACAGACCCCGUGUGGUUUUGAUGUCAGCUAUGGUGGUUUUUUGGGUUCUUUACCUUUUGUUUUCCAAAUGUUUGGGUGUUGACCAUGAGGACUUGAGCUUCAAUUCUGUAUAAGUAAGACUUUUUGAACCAUUUGCGUUCUGGGUUGUUCCUGAAUUGUUUUGACUUUGUUGUUAUGGCCUUCUCUGUAUCUGGAUGAAUAUGUAUCUUUAUUGUGAAAUUAGUGUUGUAAUUGAUGUUUUUUUGUUCGACUUGGUUGAGGAUGAAAACUGUUUUAAUGGUAUGAUAGAUCUAGUCAAAGUAUGUUUUUUCGUUUAUCUGCUUUUCCUUCUUUAUCAGAUACUGUUCCACUUUGAUUAUUUAUGAAAACUGUGUUGCUACUCUGUGUUUUGUGACAAAGUUGACAUGUAUCAGAUCUGGUUUUUCCAUUUGGUGUUUUGUCACGGAUGUAAAAAUGAUCCUCCUUUUUCGUUUGCUUUUUAGUCGGUAUUCAUGUGAUCAAUUUGAUGUUCACAUGGUUAUGUAAAGCUGUCCAAUCUAAAUUUGACUACCUUAUGGAAAUCAUUAAAUGAGUUACUUGUACCUUUUGGUUUUAUGCAAACUCUGAAAUUAAAAGAUAUUUACAUUAUUUGAUUUUAAUGGUAUUAAAGUUUAUCCCUUCUAAGCAAUUUUUGUUCUUUUUUUGAUCUAUCUCUGCAGGUGGGAAGACUAUGUAAAUUUCUUCUCAAUAUUUUUCUGUACUUGCAUACUGUUGGAAGGAGGGUCAAUUGAUCAAAGUCAUAUUGAAAUUUGGAAUUAAUUUCUCGGGUCUACAGCAUUCUGGAACAAUGAUGAUGUUUGAGGAUAUGGGGUUUUGUGGCGAUCUGGAGUUCUUUGCUGCUCCUCUUAAGGAACCAGAUGUCUGCGCUACUCAGGCUGAACCCGAAUCUGAACCUCCUGUUGAUGAUGAUUAUACUGAUGAAGAGAUUGAUGUUGAUGAACUCGAGAGGAGGAUGUGGAGGGAUAAGAUGCGCCUGAAAAGACUCAAGGAAAUGAACAAAGGCAAGGAAGGUGUUGAUGCAGCCAAGCAGAGGCAGUCUCAAGAGCAGGCUAGAAGGAAGAAGAUGUCGAGGGCUCAAGAUGGUAUACUGAAAUAUAUGCUGAAGAUGAUGGAGGUCUGUAAGGCCCAGGGUUUCGUCUACGGGAUAAUCCCUGAGAAAGGGAAACCAGUCAGUGGAGCAUCUGACAAUCUUAGGGAGUGGUGGAAGGACAAGGUCAGAUUUGAUCGCAAUGGGCCUGCUGCGAUUGCAAAAUAUCAAGCUGAUAAUUCCAUUCCAGGCAAGAAUGAGGGUGCUGCCCCUGUAGGUCCUACUCCACAUACGCUCCAAGAACUUCAAGACACAACCCUUGGAUCCUUGUUAUCAGCCCUGAUGCAGCACUGCGACCCUCCGCAGAGAAGGUUUCCGUUGGAGAAAGGUGUUCCUCCACCAUGGUGGCCUACUGGGAAUGAGGAAUGGUGGCCUCAAUUGGGACUGCAGAAAGAUCAGGGCCCUCCACCUUACAAGAAGCCUCAUGAUCUUAAGAAGGCAUGGAAAGUGGGUGUUUUAACGGCUGUGAUCAAGCAUAUGUCUCCAGAUAUUGCCAAGAUCCGCAAGCUCGUGAGGCAAUCCAAGUGUUUGCAGGACAAAAUGACCGCUAAAGAAAGUGCUACGUGGCUUGCGAUCAUCAACCAAGAGGAAGCCUUGGCUCGGGAACUUUUUCCUGAUCGGUGCCCUCCUUUGUCGUCAUCGGGUGGUAGUGGGUCCUUUGCCAUUAAUGACAGCAGUGAGUAUGACGUGGAAGGUGUAGAAGAUGAUCCUAGCUUUGAUGUGCAAGAGCAGAAACCAAGCAAUCUUCACCUAUUGAAUAUGGGUACUGAAAGGUUUAAAGAGCGGCUGCCAGUUCAGCAACCGUCACUCACAAUUAAGGAUGAGAUUGUGACCAACUUAGACUUUGCUAGAAAGAGGAAGCCAACUAGUCAGCUUAGCCUUCUGAUGGAUCACAAGAUCUUCACGUGCGAGUUCCUUCAAUGCCCUCACAGUGAACUCCGCCAUGGCUUCCAGGAAAGGUCUGCAAGAGACAACCAUCAGCUGUCUUGUCCUUUCAAAAAUACUUCGCAGUUUGGGGUGUCCAAUUUCCAUGUCAAUGAUGCAAAGCCAGUUGUCUUUCCUCAGCCUUUUGUUCAGCAACCAAAGCAAUCUGCUCUGCCAGUUAAUCCGAGUCCACCUUCCUUUGAUCUGUCAGGUAUUGGAGUUCCAGAAGAUGGGCAGAGAAUGAUCAGUGACCUCAUGUCAUUCUAUGAAUCAAACGUACAAGGCAAAAACUCUGAUUCUGGGAGCACUACAUCUGUAAAAGAGCCAUCUGUUCAGCAACCCAGCCUUCAAUGUCAACCAGAUAAUUUCCUACAUGGCCAGAGGAUUGCAAUGGAUGGUGGUAAUUUCUUUGAAGACACUAACAUGAGCAGCAAUCAGUCGAUUUUCCAGCAAGGGAAUCGCUUUGAAGACACCAGCAUUCCCGCCAGUCGUCCCAUGUUUCUGCAAGCUGAUCGGUUUGACCAGUGCAAGAUGUUGAAUGCUCCUUUCAAUCCCAACCCUGAGAAUUUCAAUUUCAUGUUUGGGUCACCCUUCAACAUUCCAUCAGUUGACUUCACUGAAGGCCUUCCUGGAGUUCCCAAGGAUCAUCAACAAAUGGCCAAGAAUGACAUUUCAAUGUGGUACCAGUAA